CGAUAUAGGUGUGCUCUGUGUAACAAGAAGGUCCCUCCUGAAGAACGACGUCCAGCUAGUUUGUUUAUUUCUGUUUUACAGAAACAUUUUUCUGUAAAUGUGGAAGACACAGAAGUGUUGUGCAAUAAAUGUCGACAUAAGUGUAGGAAAGUGAAGGAGUCUACAACAAGGGAACCGGAAUUGUCCAGGCCAGCUCCCCAUGAGGAAAAAGAGGACCCAACAUUUGCAUCACCAAAACAGAAGCAUUCAAAGCGCUCAUUUCCUAGUCCUCCAUCUGUACCCUUGCCUAUUCCAUCAUCAUCUCAAAGCCAUGGUUAUUGCUUUGUUUGUUAAAAAAAAACAAACCCGGGACCCAAACUUGUAACUGUUUCCCAUCAUGUUCGUAUGUUUGUAUUCAUCAAACAAGAAAUCAUCAUUCCAUCUGGUGCAAGGUGCUGUAUUAGACACUUGGAAAAUGGGAAAAUGAGCGAUGGAGCUAUGCAGCAGAUCAGGACCAGUGAGAUAUCAACAUUGAACAAAACAUCCAUCACCAGUCUCAUAAAGGAAUUGCGUGAUAAAGCAUUUCAGCAAUCGAGACUUGACUUCGAUGAUGAAGGCAGCCUAGACGAUAAUGAUUAUCAAGUGCUGACAGGAUUUUCUCGUCUCAACAAUAACCAGUAUUAACUCUUCUAGAAAUCGGAGCAAGAGGACGUGUAUAGCCAUUCUACUGAUGAAACUUAGAUCAGCGCUCUCAAACAAAAUGCUUGCUGUUUUAUUUGGAAUGACUAAAUUUCAAGUUCUACGAGCUAUUGUGUCUGCCAGAACAGCGCUUAUGAGAGACUUUGUUCCAUAUAAUCUUGGAUUUCGGCACAUAACACGGGACGAAGUCAUUCAAUACCACACCCGUGAUCUGGCAAGAAAUCUUUUGACAGAUGAUAUAACAUCAAACCCUGCAAUCUUAGUAUUGGAUGGAACAUACGUCUAUAUACAGAGAAGUUCCAAUUUUGCUUUUGCCCGGCGAUCAUACAGUUUGUAUAAACACAGACCCCUUGUGAAACCUAUGAUGGUGGUGACUACAAGUGGAUAUAUUGUAUCGGUUCUUGGGCCUUAUCUUGCUGAUGCAAAGAAUAAUGAUGCUAACAUAUUGAAGCAUAUGAUUUACAACAAUGCAGAAGAACUCAGGAACUGGCUACAAGAAGACGAUGUCUUUGUUGUUGAUCGUGGUUUAAAGGAUGCCCAGGAUUUAUUGUAAGACAUUGGAAUCAGGAUGGAGAUGCCUGCAUUUAUGAAAAAAGGAACUAAGCAGCUGUCCACGUUUGAUUCUAACU